UUGUAAUACAGCAAGCAACUUUAUGAUAUUCUAUAAUAACGUGUAAAAAUUGUGUUUUUGUGUUUUGAAAAAUUCCAUAUAAAGAAAGCGAUCUGAUGGCCGUCCACUUAGGAGGUUCAGCAGCGCACCCUGGUGGUCACACGGCACAAGCAGCAUUUGGUUCCUUAAACAAACCCAUGUCAAACAAAACGCCCACCACCAGGAGGAAGAAACUCGCAACUCCAGAAGUUCGAUGCAUCAUUAACGUGCUGGACGAGUGCCUGUGCAAGAUCGCCGUGUCGUCGAUUCUGCCGUGUGAACUCGUGAACCCGGAGGGGGUCUCUGAGGAGCUCGGAGACACAGCAGUCGAGUCGCUUAGAGUCCAUCUGCGUCUGGCCCAGGAGUAUUGUUCACUGCAGGACACGGACACAAGCGAAGACAAGUCGAUAGCACAAGAAGUGCAGGACUCAUUGAGGAACUUCCUGCGCCAUGUGAGGCCUCGCAUAGCGAUAGAGCCAGUGGAGACAGCACUACAAGGGGCGGGGCCAAUCCUGCAAGAGGAUCAGAAGGCUGUGCAGGCACUGGGGGCGGGGCUGCAGGAAAUUAGAGAGGUGCUAAUGGAGCAGCUGAUGACCACGCCCAAAGAGGAGUGGGAACGCAGGAGGCUCGGACAGGAGGCGGGAGACAGACAGAAGCGUAACGCGCAGCUCCUUCACAGGGUGGAGCAGGAAGUGAGAGCGGCGACCGAACACCGAGACGAUGUGAUCAGUAAGAAGGAUGAAGAGAUCCAGAAUAUGAAAGACUCCCUCCAUCAGAUUGAGAGAGAGUGUGAGGAGUUUGAGGAGCAGGUGCACAUGAAGGCUGAGCAACAGCACCAAUCAGAUCUGAAGAACUCUGAGGCGAAGCGGCUCCACCUCCAGGAAGAAGCCAGUCAGCUGCAAGUUCAGCUCAACCGUCUGACCGCGCAGCACAGGGAGCGAGAGGUGGCACUGAGACAGAAGAACAAUAAGUUGGAGACCGAGAUAGAAAAUUGGAUUCAGAAGUACGAUGCUGAAAUGGAAGGGAAACAGGCCAAGCUGGAGGGUCUGAUGCAGACGUACGAGCAGGAGCAGGCGGAGCUGCGUCAGCUGCAGGAGCGCUUCGCCUUGCUGGAGAUCGAGCACACGCAGAUCAUGGAGGAGCGACGGAGAGAGCAAGAGCGAAGAGAGGAGGAGAAAAGGGACAGAAGGAAGAAGACUCGAGCCGCCAUUAUCAUUCAAAGGUUCUGGAGACAAAGGAGAGCAGCACGAAAGAAGAAAGGGAAGGGCAAGAAGGGCAAGAAAGGCAAAGGCAAAAAAAAAUAAGAGUCAUCAUAUUAACUUGUGAAAAGUUUUUUCAUUAACCUGAAGAUCAACUUUUAAAGCAGACGACAUACUGUGGUCCAUCUCCAGGGUCGUCUUAAAACUUAAAACACAUCGUGAUUGAUAGUGAGAACAGCGAGGGAUCUUACAUGGAAACAUGCUAAACAGAACGACCAUCUGAAGAACCACAGAUAAGGCUUCAAGGAAGACCUCGCCGUCUGUGUCCAGCCGUGGAGAAGUCAAGGAGAGAAAGGAUGAAUUCCUACUGUACUUUAGCAAGGCUUGAGCUUUUAUUGAUGGUAAAGAAGCACAUCCUGACAUGAUGUAAAGAAGGGCAUUGAUAAAUACGAUUACUUUAAA